AUGCGAAGAGAAAAAACGUACCAGGAAAGAAAGCAGCCAAAAUCACGUCUGAAGUAUGGCAAACUUGAGAAGAAGAAGGAUUUGAAGAAGAGACUUGUGAAGAUAAACAAGUACAAAGAAGAGGUGCACAAGGCCAAGGAGCAGAUACAAGGUAUGAGUGGGCAAGAAUACUUCUUUGGAUAUCACUCUGUACAUAUGGAUGGGAAUAAAGCAUACAAGACUUUGGAUCCAACUAUUGACGAACUGAGAAGAAUGAAAGCUUAUAUUGAUAAUGAAAUUCAGCGAUGCGAGAAGAAAAUUGAGAUGUAUAUUCCAAAGCAUGUAGGAACACGCAUAAGCCUUGAUGAAGAUUCCGAAAGCAGUUCAUCAGAUCCUCAGUGUGUGUUUGGACGAAAUGAAGAGAUAAGAGAUGAGCUCAAAAAGUAUGUGGAUGAACUGGCAUCGAAGAGAGAAGAAGUGAUGGGCAAGAUCAAUGCGCUGAGCAAUCUAAAAAAUAGAUGA